AUGUCUGAUACUGACGGCUAUGUGUUUAGCGACUUCGACUGUGACAGUGGGCUUUUCAUCGAAGCUUCCAAUGACACUCUCCCCCCAGGAGCUUUGCGACCUGCCAAACGACGACGUUUAAGCCCGGAGACUACGGGCCGCCGUGCGGCCCAUGAAGCUGUUUCGAAUUCUUCCGUGCCAGCGACAACUCACGAUGACAAAGUCGCCGCACGAAAGUCCAAAAUUCAUCUGCCGAAAUACCAUGUCGACCACGAGCCUGUGUUUGUGAGCCAGACCCAACCGCCGUCUAGUCCAUCUGUGAUUCGCGGCCCCCGGUGGAAAGCACCCGGGAGGCAAAAAUCUAUUCUUCAAGCAAAAAGAAGUCCCGCGAGAGCUGAAUGCAAAAAACAAACUGUCCCUGACUUUGAGGAUGAGCUAGAAGAUGAGGAUAUUGAUGCUGCCAUUGCUGCAUCGCUUCAGUCGUUCAAAGAGGAGCAGUGGGCCCGGGUACCCGUUGAAUCGUUUGAGAACCCAGUUGAUGGCCCUGGUGGAGGCCUGGGGGCUACGGCUCAUAAGCAAACUCCUAAGGAGGAAGCUUCGUUUGAGUUUGAUGACAUCCCAGAUGAUGCGUUCGACUUUGAACCCGAGUAUGGGAAUACUACUAAUAAUAAUGUCCCAAAUUUGAUUUCUUCACAGCAGCUAUCACAAAAAAAUCGGUCGCGAGGUUCUCAAAAUGGAAGUUUUCGUCAGACUACACUAUUUGGAGGAUUUACUAGCAAUAUAGCCGCAUCCCAGCCAUCAUCUCGUAGCUGGCCGCUAGCAAGUCAGAAUGAGCCUCCUACCCACCACGAGCUUAACGAAGAAGCUCUCCAACGCUGGACUUUUCCAAAUAACCUAGGGAGGAAGAGAGAAUAUCAGUACAAUAUAGCCUACAGAGCUCUGUUUCACAACCUACUAGUUGCACUACCCACAGGCCUCGGAAAGACCUUCAUCGCCGCCACGGUCAUGCUGAAUUGGCUUCACUGGACGAAAAGCUCUCAGAUCGUAUUCGUUGCACCAACGAAGCCGCUCGUAUCACAGCAAGUUGAGGCCUGCUUUAAUAUUGUGGGAAUCCCUCGCUCUCAGACCACUUUGCUUACGGGAAACACCCCACCAGGCGUGAGAGCCGAGGAAUGGAAGUCCAAACGAGUGUUUUUUAUGACACCCCAGACAAUAAUGAACGAUCUUAAAACCGGCAUUGCUGACCCGAAGCGUAUAGUCCUGCUAGUCGUUGAUGAAGCUCACCGUGCAACUGGCGCGUAUGCCUAUGUUGAGAUUGUUAAGUUUCUUUAUCGAUUUAAUAAGAGCUUCAGAGUGAUGGCUCUGACUGCUACGCCUGGCGCCACGGUUGAAGCUGUGCAGGAAGUAAUUGAUGGGUUAAAUAUAUCCAGAAUUGAAAUUCGAACGGAACAUUCUCUUGAUAUUCGCGAAUUUAUCCACUCGCGAAACGUCGAGUUAAAAACGUUCGAAAACUCUCAAGAAAUGGUGGCUGCCAUGGAACUUUUUUCUAAAGCACUUCAAUCCACUGUCGAUAAACUUCGGAACCAAAAUGCCUACUGGGGAAGAGACCCCAUGGCGCUCACCCCCUUUGGUCUCACGAAAGCUCGGCAGGAGUGGAACAACUCUUCGGCUGGGAGAGCAGCGUCCUGGCCUGCGAAAGGUGCUAUCAACUCACUAUUUACAGUGCUUGCCAGCCUUGCGCAUGCGAUUGAUCUUCUAAAAUAUCACGGGAUUGGACCAUUCUUUAGAAACCUAGUCUCUUUUGAGGAUUCGGUUUUGAAAGAAAAAAAGGGAGGAAGAUCUUCUGCUCAAAUUGCUUCGGACGGCAAUUUUAAGAUCUUAAUGUCAAGGUUGCGUUCUUGGACGAAUAAUCCAGACUUCAUAGGGCACCCUAAGUUGGAAUACCUAAGAGAGGCGAUUUUGAAUCAUUUUUUAGAUAACGAAGGCGGGAGUGACCAAAAUGGCGAAAAAUCCGAUUCUAGCAGCACUCGUGUCAUGAUAUUUAGUCAUUUUCGCGACAGUGCUGAAGAGAUAGUUCGUGUGCUUAAAAGACACCAACCGAUGAUCCGGCCGCAUGUCUUUGUCGGCCAGGCCAAUGCGAAGGGGUCAGAGGGGAUGGACCAAAAGACACAAUUAGCGGUUGUGUCCAAGUUCAAGAGCGGCAUCUAUAAUACCAUUGUUGCGACCUCUAUUGGUGAAGAAGGGUUGGACAUAGGUGAGGUCGACCUGAUUAUUUGUUAUGACGGGCACUCUUCGCCAAUUCGCAUGUUGCAGAGAAUGGGGCGAACAGGAAGAAAGCGAUCUGGAAAUAUCAUACUUCUUUUAUCAAAAGGCAAAGAAGAAGAGUCCUACAACAAGGCAAAAGAUAGCUACGAAAAAAUGCAACAACUCAUUGCUUCCGGUAAAAGCUUCAACUUUCACGAUGACAAGUCGCCGCGGAUCAUUCCGCGAGCAAUUCAGCCAGAGGUUGACGAGAGGGUGAUUGAGAUCCCAAUUGAAAAUUCUCAGCCGGGGCUCCCUGAGCCGGCUAAGCGCGCUCGCGCACCUAAGCGGCCACCAAAGAAAUUCCACAUGCCAGAUGAUGUAGAAACGGGUUUCACAAAAGCCUCACGCCUGGGUCGCACGAACACCAAUUCAAGCCGGGGUUCAAAAAGACAGAAACCCGUUCGCUCGCCGAGCCCCGAGCUUGAGGAGGCCCCGGACCUUGAUGAUCUAUGUGCAAAUCAGAGCGAUGAAUUGGCAAAAGAUCGGGAUUUUCAGGCGAUCGUCAACCAACCGGCUCCUACCGUUCGAAUGGAUGCAUAUCCGGUAUUGCAGAGAUCGCUGCGACCUACAAGAUACAUACCACACGGACGAAGUACUCGCCGCUUCGUUGAAACACUUCGAAAGAUUAGAAGUAUAAGCCCUACGUGCAAGGACGAGCAUACAGCUUUUAUGGAUAAUCCCUAUGGAGAUAGCUUGGACUUCGAAGACCUGCCCACAGACCGGGAAGAUGAUCCGUGUACCUUGAAUACGCCUCAACCCCGUGAACCACUAUCUGAUUGUGAGAGCGUGCAGGGUAUGGAUCUUGACCAGUUGAUUCUUGAAGCACUCAGCACUGGAAAGAAGCGCGGACCACCUACUGAGCCUGAUAUCAAUGAGGUGGAUAGCCCCCUGCCGUCUCAGCGGAGGAAGCGAUUUGUGAUCAGUGACGAUAGUGAUAAUGAAUAG